AUGAGGAAGUGCGGUAGGUGGGGGGGGGAGGGCUCUGUGGAAGCGGUGGAAGCUGGAGCGCCCUCGGGCCUUGGCUCCCGAAGAUCUGGUAGAGUUGGCGGCGGCGGGGACAGCGGGGACGGAGGCAGCCGACGCCAAAGUGGCGGGAUGAGCACGGGCCGCGGAGGAGGCCACAUGAAGAGGCCUCUUCUCCAAAUUCCCUCAUGGAAGAAUUGGAUACAGUGUCUGAAUGUCCCUUAUGGAGGGGCUGGCUGCAGAAUCUGAAUCUUUGGAAA